GAAUGCCAGUUUUCCCAGAGGCCCUGACCAAGCUGAGUAGUGCAUUAAAGAUGAGGAUUAAAGGAGUGGAAAUGUAUUUAUAAGUGCCCAUUGUGAGCGAGGCACUGCUUUUUAUAUAAUUUCUGUUUUCCCAUCUGUAAAAUGGAGGGAUGUACUUAAGAAUUGUGGAGAAAAAAGCCGGGGUUCAAACUUUUUUGUCGAAUUCCAAAGCCUUUGGUCCUUUUUCCACUGUCAAACUCCUUGGAGAGAAACAUUCUACCGUCUGAAUGCCUUCUAGCCAAAUCGGGAAAAAUUAGGGUCUCUGGCGCCCCCUGGUGGUAGUUCUUCCCAGCCCCCACAAAGCGCUAACUACCUCCGAGUUUCCUUUAAUACCUGAAAUUCUCCCUCUUUGCGGCGCAAGAGUCUCGGUUCCCGAUUGGCUGUGCGGGGCAGGCGGCGGGACGCAGGGCGCACCCGGGCAGUGCUGAUUGGCCGGGGGAGGCCAGCCAGGGGAAACUUCCGGUAAUGCCUGCAUUCCCGCGUUCCAUCUGGCAGCAUCCGGAGGUAGCAGGGCUUGUGGCUCCCCCUGCGGGCUGCUCAGCUGGUGCACAGCCUGGCCGAUUGGCUGGGUGGGUGGUGGGCUGUAGGUGGGGUCGGAGAUGGACCAAGGUCCCGACUUGUCCCGAUGAGGGUUCGGGAAGGUUUGGCCAGGAAAAUUCUAUUCCCGGCUUUGCACCAGAUUCCUUAUUUCUGUCUCCGUCGGCUCCCCCACUUUGGUGCUUACACUAAAAGAGCAUCCCGGCAGGGGGUCUUCCUGCUUCGAAGCAGCCUAUCCAGAGACCCCCAGAUUGUGAUCCUGAAGUUGGAGGCCUCUGGGGAAGACUAUUUCUGUCCUUUUAGGACAGAAGGAUCAGAGGAGUUGAGGCUGCCUGACCCGAGCCUGGUGUGAUAGUGGGGCCUAGAGGCUUGGGCAGCAUGACGACCGAGACCUUUGUGAAGGAUAUCAAGCCUGGGCUUAAGAAUCUGAACCUUAUCUUCAUUGUGCUGGAGACAGGCCGAGUGACCAAAACAAAGGACGGGCAUGAAGUUCGGACCUGCAAAGUAGCAGACAAAACGGGCAGCAUCAAUAUCUCCGUCUGGGACGACGUGGGCAACCUGAUCCAGCCUGGGGACAUUAUCCGACUCACCAAAGGGUACGCUUCAGUGUUCAAAGGUUGUCUGACAUUGUACACUGGCCGUGGGGGCGAUCUGCAGAAGAUUGGAGAAUUCUGUAUGGUUUAUUCUGAGGUUCCUAACUUCAGUGAGCCAAACCCAGAGUAUAGCACCCAGCAGGCACCCAACAAGGCGGUGCAGAACGACAGCAGCCCUACGACUCCCCAGCCUACCACGGGACCCUCUGCCACUUCUCCAGCCUCUGAGAGCCAGAACGGGAAUGGACUGAGUGCCCCACCAGGACCUGGUGGUGGCCCACAUCCCCCUCACGCUCCCUCUCAUACCCCUAGCACACGAAUCACUCGAAGCCAACCCAACCACACACCUGCAGGCCCUCCUGGCCCCUCUAGCAACCCUGUUAGUAACGGCAAAGAAACCCGGAGGAGCAGCAAGAGAUAGCAAGACCCUCUUCCUUCCCGCCAUCAGCCAUGUCCAAGUGUCUCUGCCAGCGAACAAGACAGCCUUCUACUGGGCUUCUGGCUUUGGGAUUGGGGUAGAGGGGAACAGCAUUUUAGGACCUAAACUUCACUGGAGGGGUGGUGAGCAGUGGCCUUAUCCUCCCUAAGGCCGUACUCUCCCAGCAUCCAGCUGAAGCUGCCUAUCUCCUGGGAUUCAGGACCCUCUGCCUGCCUUCCUUCCUCUUUAGAAACAACAGUUACAAUCUGUUUCUUCUGUGUGUAAUUGGGGGUUUAAAUUGGAAUCUCUCCUUCCUAAUAAAUGUUACCACUCUGUGCUGA